CAAAUGAUACCCUUUUUGCACUCUUGAUAUUUAAGAUUCUCACUCUUCUAUCUCACAUUCAUACUAAUCCAUCCAACAAACAAAUUUCAUCAUCUUCUUCUUCUUCGUAGACUAAUAACAUGUCAGGCCACAUCGCACAGGACUGGGAACCGGUGGUGAUCCGCAAGAAAGCCCCCACCGCCGCCGCUCGUAAGGACGAGAAAGCCGUCAACGCCGCCCGUCGCGCCGGUGCUGAGAUCGAGACCGUACGCAAGGCUGCCGCGGGUUCAAACAAGGCUGCUUCUAGCAGUACUUCACUGAACACUAGAAAGCUUGAUGAAGAGACUGAAAAUCUCACCCAUGAGAAGGUACCGACUGAAUUGAAGAAAGCUAUCAUUCAGGGUCGAACCGAGAAGAAGCUUACUCAAGCUCAACUUGCUCAGCUUAUUAACGAGAAGCCUCAAAUCAUACAGGAGUAUGAAUCUGGGAAGGCUAUACCAAACCAACAGAUCAUCACUAAACUGGAAAGGGCCCUCGGUGUGAAACUCCGUGGUAAGAAAUAGAACAAUAACAGUUGACAGCUCUACGGAGGUCAUUUUUACUAAAAAAAACGAGUUGUGCUGCACAGAAUCUUUUGUUUCCUUUGGUUUGACCCCUACUUUUAUGGACAUGAUUAUGGUCUCCAGUUAUUGUGAAUUUUAUGCUUGGUUGUUUAACAAGUUUUAAGUUGCCUUCAAUGUUAUGUCUGUGGCUGCGACCAGUUGUAUUUUGUUA